AACGCGACAAAUCACGCGUAAACACAGUUGGUGAAUGUCCUUCCGGCGCCCCUUACUGGGCUUUAUGUGCGUUUCCGGGUCUGCUGCGGCUUCUGCUGUGUUUUUUUUUUUAGUACCGAGCGGAGAGGAGAUGCACACGGCACUUGAGUGAGUUUCAGAGCAGAGUGAAGAGCUGGGGGAAAACAUCUUUGGAUCAGGACCGGGGCCAAAGUGGAGGGCCGUAGCUUUACGUGGUCUCAAAGUGAAGAGACAAUGAGAGUUCACGUUCACACCAAGUUUUGCUUUCUCUGCCUCUUCACCCUCCUGUUCCAUCAGUGCACCCACUGCCAUGAAAGCGGCCAUCACCACCACCACCACCAUCACCACCACCACCACCACCACAGUAAUGACCACGGCCAUGACCACGACCACGACCAUGGGCAUGACCACGACCAUGUCCAUGACGACCACCAGAUAUCAAGGGAGUCCUAUGUGGGACCACCAAUUCACCUGAUACCCGGGAACCAGAAAGGAGCUGCAGAGCAAGAGCAGCAAUACUACAUCCAGGAGCUCUUCCGCCGCUACGGCCAGCAGGACCGGCUCGAUUUUCAUGGUUUCCAGAACCUUCUGCUGAGUCUUGGACUAGGCAAAGUGCGAGUGGUGGAGCUGGAUCAUGAGAACCUGGGACAUGACCACGUGGCCCAUCUGGACCUUCUGGAAGUGCAGGAAGGCCUGCAUUCACAUUCACCUGGUCACCCGCAAUCACAUCAUUCCCACCACGACCACAAUCAUCACUCUCAUGGAGAGACCAACGGAAGCUCAUGUAGUCCGAAUCUCACUGCAGCAGUCGGUCCUACUGUUGAAGGCAAACCUCAUGGACGGUCAGGCAAAGAUGGUGACCACGAUCAUGAUCAUGACCAUGACCAUGACCAUGACCAAGACCAUCGUGUAGGUGAUCAUAAACACGAGCAUGGCAGUACUCAGACUCAAAGCGUUGUUUAUGACCAUACGCAUAACAAUCAUGAACACUCUCAUGGUCACUCACAUGACCAUGAUCAUGAACAGGACAAUACUCAGACUGAAACACCUGAUCAUGACCAUACCCAGGACAGUCUGGAGCACUCACAUGUUCACUUGCAUAACCACACAAAGGAACAAACCAAUGAGCAAACACAGGAAACCAAUGAUCUCACUGGACCCUCCUUAGAUCACAGUAGCCAUGAAGAUAAGACACAGCCUCAUCAUCAUGGGCAUCAUCACCAUAAACACCCUCACCCUCACCACUCCCACCACACUCCAGACACUGUAACCCAUAGGAUCCCUACUCAAAACACCUCAGAAUCCCUUCAGAUUAGCAAUUCUGAGGCACUCUCUCUCCAGCCCUCCAGUCAGCCUCCUAACUCCACUUCAAAAAGGAGCAGGAGGCCACAAAAGGGUAAAGGACAACGGGGGCGAAGCAGAACACCCAACCCUACCGACAGCUCUGUAGUCGCUGAUAGUGCGAAUGAGCAUGAUCACGACCAUGACCACCAUGUGCAUCAUCAGGGGCAGUCCAGCAAAGAAAAACGUGCAGUACCAGCAGAGACGGGGAACCCGAACACCUCAUUGGCUAGUCGAUUUGAAGACGUUCCUCAUCUGCAUGAGGAGUGUCUAAAUCUCACCCAGCUCCUGCACCACUACGGCCUGAGCCCCGACUCGCUCAUUUCCCCAGCGCAGUUCACCUACCUGUGUCCUGCCCUGCUCUAUCAGAUAGACAGUCGCCUCUGCAUCCGCCAUUAUCAUCAGGUCGACAUUCAGGAAGCGCCUCCAACCUCAGCGUGGGUCUGGGUGUGUGGCUUUGUGUCCAUCACCGUGAUCAGCCUGCUGUCCCUGCUGGGUGUCGUGCUGGUGCCCAUCCUCAAUCAGUCCUGCUUCAAGUUCCUGCUCACCUUCCUGGUGGCACUGGCAGUGGGCACGCUGAGUGGAGAUGCCCUCCUCCAUCUGCUGCCUCACUCUCAAGGAACCCAUGACCACGGUCAAAGUGAGCAUGAGCUUGGAGAGGAGAGCGUGGAUCUGCUCACAGAGUUUGACGGCGUGUGGAAGGGUCUGACGGCGCUGGCAGGAAUCUACCUCCUGUUUAUCAUCGAGCACUGCAUCACGAUGAUCAAACAUUACAAAGACCAAGGGGGUGGCUUCUUUCAGAGGAAAAAGAGAGGCAAGGAUGCGAAGAUUGGGAAGAAGCUGUCAGAUCACAAACUAAACAGGCGCUCAGAUGCAGAGUGGAUGCAUUUAAAACGUUUAGACGAGGCUUCCCAGAGCGCCACUCCGAUGAUGGAAGAGCAGCCUUCGGAUUCUCCCAGCAAGACGCCACUGGCCAUUACGGACACGGAGCACCCAGAAGACGCUGAGGGAAACAGUAAGAAGGCCAAAACAAAGAAGCACGGCCACGGGCACUCGCAUCACGACCACUGCCAUUCAGAGAAGGACAUGAAAGAUGCCGGUAUUUCCAGCAUAGCCUGGAUGGUCAUCAUGGGAGACGGCAUGCACAACUUCAGUGACGGAUUGGCUAUAGGUGCUGCGUUUAGUGCCAACAUUACAGGGGGCAUCAGUACAUCUGUUGCCGUCUUCUGCCACGAGUUACCUCAUGAACUGGGUGACUUUGCAGUGCUGCUGAAGGCCGGGAUGACAGUAAAGCAGGCUAUUGUGUAUAACUUGCUGUCAGCUCUCAUGGCCUACUUCGGCAUGCUGAUCGGCACAGCCGUGGGUCAGUAUGCGCACAACGUCACAAGCUGGAUUUUCGCCGUCACAGCUGGCAUGUUCCUCUACGUGGCCUUGGUGGACAUGUUGCCUGAGAUGCUGCACGGCGAUAGCGAAGAACACAAACGCUGCCAGCUGGGACACUUUGUCCUGCAGAACGUAGGCAUGCUCACAGGCUUCGGGAUCAUGCUGCUCAUCGCCAUCUUCGAGGACCGCAUCGUGUUCAACUUCGACUUCUAGCUCCGUCUCCACGCCGGCAACGUUCUCCUCCGGAAAACAUGGCACAAAGGGUCCUCCUGUCUCGUUCGUGUCCUUGUGUCUUCAUUUGCUCUCCAAGAGGGCCUCGGUGGCUUAUGGUGGACAUGCAGACAAGAACAUUUACAAUUUAGCUACAUUGUCCUCUCUUUCGAGUAAGGGUUCAAAACCUGAUUAAGCACAACACAGAUGCUGAAACACAGACCUCUCUCUCUCUUUCUAAAACUCUCUCUAACGCUCGCUCGCUUCAAAAGCUCAAAGCGCAUGUCCCAGUGCUCGUCUUAACGUGGUAUCGGUAUCCUCUAAAUAUCACUACAUAUCACUGAGAAUGAAGUCCCAGAAUUGAAGGAGUUUAAUAUCAUGAUGGACAGACUGUUGAGAGGCAGCUAGCACAGCCAGCCAUCCAUCCAUCCAUCUAUCUAUCUAUCCGUCCAUCCAUCCGAGUGUAGUAGUCCAGGAAGAAGAGCUACGUUUUCACUUGUUAGUACACUUGCAGACCCAUUAAUGAAGAAAUGUGACGUCUCUCGUUGUGUUUUGUUUUGUGUUGUCGAGCCACAAAGUAAGAGCCUCAAAAAAAAAAAAAAAUCGAUCACAAUUUACAUACUGUACCCGGAAUGAAUGGCAGCCAUUGUUUGUGCCUGGCUUAAAAGAAAAAGAAAAGAAAAAAAAACCUCUCAAAACUGUGCUCGUGUGCUUUCCAGCAACAGUUGCAUAGAUUUGCUUGCGUUUCAUUAUGCUGUAGUAACUCUACUGUUCCUAGACAGAGGAAGUGUGCUACAUUGAUCACUCCAUGCAAAUCCUUUCAUCGGUACAUCAUCAAGCUGAGUAUUCGAGCAUUAGUCCAAAAAAAAAAAAAAAAAAAUGCAGCGUUUCGGAGCAAGUGUAGAUUAAUGUAAAGGCAAGGUCGAGCUGCUAUGCGCUAGUAUUUAGUAAACUGUGAUUUGUUGGAUCAGCCAGAUCACUACACAAGGUAUUUAUUUGUGAGCAAGCCCACACUUUCUUAUUGGUUUUUCUUUUUCACACACACACACACACACACACACACACACACACACACACACACACACACACACACACACACACACACACAUAUAUA